AUGUACAGGGAGUAUAGUGAGAUUAUAAGGAAUGUUAGUGCUGGAGGUGCACAAAAUGAAACAGAACUACCAAUCUUUAGGUUAAGGAGUAUAUUAGCUGCUAUAAACAAUUUCUAUGAAGCUAAUAAACUUGGAGAAGGAGGAUUUGGCCCUGUUUAUAAGGGGAUUUUGCCUGAAAAUCAAGAAGUAGCCAUAAAGAGACUGUCAAAGAAAUCCGGGCAAGGAUAUAAGGAGUUCAUGAAUGAGUUAAAACUUAUAGCCAAGCUUCAACAUACAAAUCUUGUUAGGCUCUUGGGUUGCUGUAUUGAAGAGGAGGAAUUGAUAUUGAUCUAUGAGUACAUGCCCAAUCGAAGUUUAGACAAAUUUUUGUUUGAUCCAUCUGAAAACACAAGAUUGGAUUGGAGUAAACGUUUUCAAAUCAUAGAAGGUAUUGCUCAAGGGGUACUUUAUAUCCACAAGCACUCCAUAUUGAAGAUCAUUCACAGGGAUCUAAAAGCUAGUAAUGUUCUGUUGGAUGGAGAAAUGAAUCCCAAAAUUUCUGACUUUGGAAUGGCAAAGAUUUUCGACAUGAAUCAAACAGAAGCAAAUACUAACAGGGUUGUUGGAACAUAG